CUUGAAUCAACCAGGGUUUUUAAUUAUAAAUGAUUUUUGGGAUAAUAGAUUUUGUUUUUUCGGAAGAAACGUUAGAGUGAUAGAGGAGAAGCUUGCGAAGAUGAAGGAAAAGAGGAAGAGAAGCUGAGAUUGAAAGGGUAAAAUCGUCCUAUUCCAGAAAUAAAAGUUCCUUUUUUCAAAGGACCUCCCCAAUGUGCCUAAAAUCAAAGACUUUUGAGAAAAUAUUCUCAUUUUGACAACAAUCCCUAAAUAAAUAGAUGGUUCUGUAACUAUCCUUGUGUUUAAUAUACAAUGAGUAUACAGUAAUUAGCAACGAGGUCAACCCGUCUAUAUGAAUCUAUAUAUAAAGGGAAAGCAUAGCUAGUUCUCAGAGUAUAUCUAUCUCUCUUCUUCUUGUUCUUUAGCUCGGUUCAAUUCUAUAGUAUUUGAGGCUUAUAUUUGAGUGAAGAAAAUGGAGGGAGAGAAUAGUAGCAUUGAGAAAGGAUUAUUAUUGAUAAGGAAGGAAGAGAGUGCAAAUACAACUCCAUUUCUUGUCUUCACCACUUUCAUCAUUGUCUCUGCUUCCUUCUCCUUUGGCGUUGCCUUAGGACAUACUGCUGGUACAAUGGCCUCCAUUAUGGAAGAUCUUGAUCUUUCUAUCACACAAUUUUCUGUAUUUGGUUCACUAUUGACAUUUGGAGGAAUGAUUGGAGCACUAUUUAGCGCCACAAUUGCAGAUUCAUUUGGUUGUAAAAUGACUUUGUGGAUCACUGAGGUAUUCUGCAUAAGUGGAUGGCUUGCAAUUGCACUAGCCAAGAACAUUAUUUGGCUGGACUUGGGACGAUUCUUUGUAGGAAUUGGAGUUGGUCUCCUUAGUUACGUGGUUCCUGUAUAUAUCGCAGAAAUAACUCCUAAAACUGUGCGAGGCACUUUUACAUUUAGUAAUCAGUUAUUGCAAAAUUGUGGAGUCGCAACGGCGUAUUACCUUGGAAAUUUCAUGUCAUGGAGAAUAAUAGCCUUAAUAGGCAUACUUCCAUGCUUGAUACAACUUGUUGGGUUGUUUUUCGUCCCCGAAUCUCCAAGAUGGUUGGCAAAAGAAGGUCGUGACGAAGAAUGUGAGGUUGUUCUUCAGAAACUAAGAGGAGAUGAAGCGGAUAUUGUGAAGGAAACUCAAGAAAUCUUGAUUUCUGUUGAGGCUUCUGCGAAUAUCAGCAUGCGUAGUCUUUUCAAAAAGAAAUAUACUCAUCAACUUACAAUUGGUAUAGGUUUGAUGCUUCUGCAACAGUUAAGUGGGAGUGCAGGAUUAGGUUAUUACACUGGUAGCGUAUUUGAUCUUGCCGGAUUUCCUUCUCGGAUUGGGAUGACGGUGUUGUCUAUUGUCGUGGUACCAAAAGCUAUAUUGGGUCUGAUACUUGUGGAACGAUGGGGAAGAAGACCGCUUCUUAUGGCAUCGGCAUUUGGUUUAUGUUUAGGUUGUAUCUCUCUUGCAUUAGCGUUUGGAUUGAAAGGUGUCCCUGGGGUUAAUGUAAAUGUUACUCCCACUUUGGCAUUUAUAGGAAUAAUGACAUUCGUAAUGAUGUUCGCAGCUGGAUUAGGAGCCCUACCAUGGAUCAUAAUGUCUGAGAUAUUUCCGAUGGACAUGAAAGUAGUAGCUGGGAGUUUAGUAAGCAUAACAAAUUGGUUUACUGGUUGGAUCGUCAGCUACUGUUUCAAUUUUAUGCUUCUUUGGAGCCCAACCGGAACUUUUAUCAUAUUUGCUACGAUAAGUGGAGCAACGGUUGUAUUCGCAUGGUGUUUAGUGCCUGAGACUCGAGGAUUGACUUUAGAAGAAAUCCAACGACGUGCUAAUUAAUUCUUUGAGUUACAUUGAUCUCAAAUAUGAAAUAUUUAUAAGAAAUAAAAUCAUAAUUAAUCGGAUGUCAUAUAUACAAACGCUGAAUGUGAUUCGAUUAUGGUCUAAAUUCAUUGAUAGUUUUUUUUAAUGUAAGAUCAUGUUGUUUACAACAAAAAUUACAACAAAAAAAAGGGGAAAGAUCAGGUGUUC